GUGACCCGGCGAGCCAGGCCGUACCCACUGAGCAGCCCUGCCCGGAGGCCCAGCCUCCAGGCUCCGGUGGUGCAGCCUGGGUGACCCAGAGCCCCGCGGUGCGCGCGCUGUGCUGGCGUGACCUGGGCCGGGGCCGAGGCGCGCGGGGAGGAGCCGCCCCGAGGCGGGACGCGCAGUUCGGGUGCGAGGGAAGCUGUCUUCCCUGCGUGAGGAACAUGGUGAAGCUGAUUCGCACACUGGCAGACCACAGCGAUGAUGUCAGCUGCUGUGCCUUCUCUUCGUCCCUCUUGGCUACCUGCUCCCUGGACAAAACCAUUCGCCUGUACUCCCUGAGUGACUUCUCGGAACUGCCACAUUCCCCCUUGAAGUUUCACACCUACGCUGUCCACUGCUGCUGUUUCUCUCCCUCAGGACACAUUUUGGCAUCAUGUUCAACAGACGGUACCACAGUGCUUUGGAGUGCGCACAGCGGACAGUCCCUGACGGUGAUGGAGCAGCCGGGUGGCAGCCCUGUGCGGGUUUGCUGCUUCUCGCCGGACUCGGCUUACCUGGCCUCGGGGGCGGCCGAUGGAUCUGUUGUCUUGUGGAAUGCGCAGUCCUACAAAUUAUAUAGGUGUGGUGGUGUCAAGGAUGGCUCCUUGGUGGCCUGUGCGUUCUCUCCUGAUGGAAGCCUCCUUGUCACUGGCUCCUCUGGUGGAGAUUUAACAGCCUGGGAUAAUCGAAUGCGGUGUCUGCACAAUGAGAAAGCUCAUGACCUGGGGAUUACCUGCUGUGACUUUUCCCCACGGCCCCUUUCUGGUGGAGAACAAGCCCUUCAGUUUUACCGAUUGGCAUCAUGUGGUCAGGAUUGUGAAAUCAAACUCUGGGUGGUUUCUUUUACCCCUGUCUCAGGCUUUGAAUUAAAAUAUAAAAGUACACUACGUGGGCACUGUGCCCCUGUUCUGGCUUGUGCUUUUUCCUAUGAUGGACAGAUGCUUGUGUCAGGGUCUGUGGAUAAGUCUGUCAUCAUAUAUGAUACCGGCACCCAGAGUGUGCUGUACACAUUGACUCAGCAUACCAGGUAUGUCACAACUUGUGCCUUUGCACCCAACACCCUCUUACUUGCUACUGGCUCGAUGGACAAGACACUGAACAUUUGGGAGUUUGACCUGGAAACACCUCGCCAAGCAGGAAGCACGGGCGAGCAGCAGAAGCCACUGAUUGAAGACUGGUCAGAGGAGGACGUCUCGGCAUGGCUCCGUGCUCAAGGCUUGGAAGAGCUCGUCGGUGUUUUCCAGAUGAACAACAUUGACGGAAAAGAACUACUGCAUCUCACAAAGGAGAGUCUGGCUGGCGAUUUGAAAAUUGAAUCUCUAGGGCUACGCAGCAAAGUGUUGAGGAGUAUCGAAGAGCUCAGGACCAGGAUGGACUCCCUUUCUUCUGGAAUCCCUGAUGAGUUUAUCUGUCCGAUAACUAGAGAGCUUAUGAAGGAUCCCGUCAUAGCAUCAGAUGGCUAUUCCUAUGAGAGAGAAGCCAUGGAAAGCUGGAUCCACAAAAAGAAACGCACGAGCCCCAUGACAAACCUGGUUCUUCCUUCACUGGUACUGACACCAAACAGGACUCUGAAAAUGGCCAUCAAUCGAUGGCUAGAGACACAUCAGAAAUGAAUUCAUCCAUAGGUUAUCGGAUACGUUUCCAGUGAUGUCAUCCAAUGCUAAGCAGGCAUUACAACAGCAAAUAGAAGGAAAAGACAUGUGAAAUUCAGUUACUUUUAAAACUGUAAAUCGUCCUUAAGACACAGAAUUAUAUAUCUAAUGUCACUGCUGUUUCUGUAAAAGUGAAAAUAUUUUUGCACCAAUGGGAAAACAUGUAGAAAUAAAACUUUGCUGCGACUUUAAAUUGCAAUGCCUAACAGUUAUUAGGUGUAGGCCACAUCCUGGAGUAGUCUAGAGUCUAUGGCUGUUUCCAUUUGGAUAGCAGCCAUUCCAUAGUUUUCAGUGAGCUUUAGAAUAGAAUUUUCACAAUAUAAUUGUAAAUUCUUUAAUAAAUUGUAAAAAAAAUUACUCCAGGCAUGUUGAAUAGGAAUUUUGUUGGGUUCUAAAUUUGUAUACUAUAAGGAUUUUCCCCCCAUUAUUCAACCUCAGAUGUAAAGUAGCUCAGCUAGUCAAUUUAACUUUGCUGAAAUAUAUCAAGUGGCAAACUUCCUCCCAGUGUGUGAGAAUGUGUGUCCAGGCAGCUAGCCCAGCACCUGUUACACCACCAGCACCAUGUCUGCCUCCGUUACACGGGACCUGAAGUUCAGGAAGGCAGUCUGCACUGACCUCUCAGAUGCCUGCCUAAAGUUGUUCCCCAGGGCGGGGAGUAGAACACUCUGUCUUUAGCCUUUGUCCUGUUCACUCAGGCCCCCAAACACCCACCAAGUAUCCAAGAACAUUAGAGUUAAGAAAUAGGCCAUACCCUGGGAAUCCCGGGUAUGGACCUGGCCCAUAUCCAUGGCCUAGUCAGUAUUUCAUAAAGCCUCUUAUUUACUAAAAUUUAUUUCUGGUCAGACUGGUGAAUCUCUGAACAACCUCAGACCAUAACAGUACUGGUACCAGAUACAUAUGGUACCAGGACUGCAUCAGAGAGCUCUUUCAAGAUGCAGCACCAAAUUACAUUAAUCAGGGGUUUAUAAAGACAAAAUUCACAAGGCACAGACUUCCUGCAUUCAUGCAACCAGGGGCAAGCACAUAUCCUGAUGUGUUUCUUGCCUACAUAGAGUCAGGGGCAAGCAAGCUUGUUUACAGAAGGGAAGACACAAGGUUUGUAUAAGACCAGGCAAUGACAGGAACAGCCCCCAGCAUUCUGGGAAGUUAUCUGUCCUCGGGCAAGUGGGGCUUACAGGUUAGAGGCAUUUUUGUUUUAUAGUUUGUUCUCUUUAAGCACAGUAAUUUUAAACUUUUAAGCAUAAUAUUCACCAUCAGAGUCUCGUUUCUUCUCUACUGUGCUUUGCCUUCAUCUCAAAUGUUUUUUGUCUGUUAAUUUACGGUUUUGUUUUUUGAGACUGACUUUUGCUCUGUUGUCUAGAUUGGUCCUGCAAUGGCCAUGUAGCGGAGGUUGGUUGAAAUUUGCAAUCCUCCUGCAAGCUGAAAUGACAAGAUUAUGUCAUCAAACCCUGCCCCAGCCUCCUAAUUACUGACAUCUCUGGCUGGCCUAAUCAAACUUCUGUUAUUUUUUCUUUCCAUGGUUUGUUUACUUCAGACUGGUAUUUCUGGCUUUUUAAGAUAUUUUUUUAAGGUUUUAUUUCACCUGGGUGUGGUCCCUUG